UUUGUUAGACUUAUUCGAUAAUAUAAAUUAUAUUUCUUGUUUUGAAUUUAUUAAUAUUUAGAUUUUUUUUUCAUUCUUUUUUGUCUUUGUUGUUUUGUUUGUAUUAUCUUUUAUUAUUUUUUCUCGUCUGCUUUUGAAUGCAAACUGUAUACCAUCUUGUUUUGUAAUGUUUUUGUUAUACUUUAAUAAAAAAGCGCUUUUUAUCGCAGAUGAAAUCUAUGCAAUUGAAUUGGCACUGCUUUUACAUCAAGGUGCAUGAGGACUAUAUAUUUCACCUUGUGUUUUUUCCACAUAUAAAUCUCAAAACCUACUUCAGUUAAAGGGCUUAUUAAUGGAACACUUACGAAAAAAGACAUCAGCUGACAUUCUCGCCCAAUGAGCAUUUAAGCUGUGUCGUCAGCAAGUUGUUUCCCAUAAUGCUUUUCAUCAGCGCAGUCGGUGGAGAGCAACUGCGCCCGACUGAAGAAUCCGAUACAGCCGCCUGGCCGUCGCGAGAGUUUUUUGACACACGUCAGCAUGACCUCAGAGCAAGGCGGACGUAACUCGGACACAUUUCUUACCGGUAUGCAUCUCGCGCUGAUCACCGGUGAUCGGUUCUGCGCAGAAUUUGGCCAUCUCAAACGAGCCUCUUAAUAGUGUAGGGAAACCGUGACGUUUUCUACUAAGUAAUUACGCGCAUGCGCAGAACGGGUCGUGUACUGACGGGUAUUUAGACUCAGCCUAUAUUUGACGGCGUUCCCUUUAAGCGUCGUCAGGGCAACGGCGUGUUGUCUUCCGCCAAAGCUCAGCGCGCACGCGCACAGCCGAUUACUGCAGCUGAGGAGUUUUGCGAAUCAAACAUUGUGACACUUUCGUUUAUGAUGGCGCAUUACAGGGCAUCCGAGUCAAAGCGAGAGCAGUUUAGGAGGUAUCUGGAGAAAGCUGGAGUCCUAAAUAGCCUCACCAAUGUCUUGGUGGCUUUAUACGAGGAAACGGAGAAACCCAACAAUGCCCUGGACUUUAUCAAACAUCAUUUAGGCGUUGCUGGUUCGGAGUCUGAUGAUGCAACGAGUUUGCAUCUGGAGCUGAGUGAUUUACAGCAGAAAUUUCAACAGCUUCUGGAAGAGAAUAAAGAGCUGAAAACCAGGCUUCUGCAGUAUGAACCUCCGCAAGAAGAUGGGACAGAAUAAAGAUCCUUGGUUUUGAGAUUUAAUUAAAAUUUCUUCACUUAAAAAAAGUAUUUUGUUUGUUACCUUAUGUUUUGUAAUAAGAUGUCUAAAAAGCAAAGGUUUAAGUUAAAAUGUGACUGAUAUUUAAUAAACUUCUUCAUAAGCAAGAUUUUCUUUUU